AUGAUAGCAGUCCUAUUGUCGAACACGGAAGUGACAGUACAAAUUGGGAGUACGUCAUCCAGAAAUUUUUCGACGACAGUGGGUACCGCGCAGGGAGACUUCCUUUCCCCUUUGCUGUUCGUGAUAUACCUGGAGGCGGCUCUGCGUGAUCUCAGGCUCUUUUAUAACGGGCAAAUCACCGAAAUUGUAUACGCUGACGAUGUGGAUUUUGUAUCACACGACACAGCAGCCUUGAGGCGGUUACUUGAUGUUUCCCCAGCAGAGCUUGGAAAAUGGUUCCUCACUGUGAACACAACCAAAACGGAAAUCACGGAAGUCGCACGCAUGAGUUCAAGACUAGAUGAUGUAUGGAGACAUUCCAGAAAACUGGGCACACUCCUCGGAGAUAGUGAGGACAUUACCCGGAGGAAAGUACUAUCGACGGCCGCGUUGAACAGGCUGAAAACGUAUUGGGUGGCUAACAGGCCGGUAACGAUUGCGCUUCGUUUGCGCCUCUACAAUGCAUUUGUGAAACCGGUCUUGCUAUACAACUCCUCUUGUUGGGGGAUCUCUGCUUCCAAAAUUAAAAACCUUAACUCCUUCCACCGAAGACAACUGCGUAUAUUAUGUGGGGUACAAUGGCCGACCCGGAUCAACAACGGGGCACUUUACCGUAAAUGCUCAGCGCAACCUGUGAUUCUGGAUGUAAUGGAAGCCCGAUGGAGACUGUUCGGACAUGUCCUACGGAUGGACCAGACGUCACCCGCAAAUUUGGCUAUGGAAGAAUAUUUUGCCGCGAGUGGAAAGAAAUUUCGAGGACGUCCGCGCAAUACGCUACCGGAGGUGCUGGAUGCUGACCUCAAAUCAAUCAACCGCAAGCUUAAAAAUGGGGAUGAUCUGGACGCAAUGAGAAUCUUAGCAUGCAACAGGGGAGGUUGA